AGGCGGCGGGGCCCGGUAAGCGGCGCGCGCUCCCCGUGUCCCCGUGCGGCGGCACCGCCGCGGCCUUGCUGCCGGGAUCCCGGCAUGAGCCGCGCCUGGCAGGCUCUCCGCGCUCUGCGGCUGCGGCUCGUGGGGCCUGCCAAGGAGCUGGUGGGCACCGACCACUUUGGCAACAAGUACUACCGGGUGCCCAAGCACGAGAACCGCGCAGGGCAGAUUAUACCAGAAAGAAGAUUUGUAGAAGCAGUAAAUCGUGAAGCAUAUGAAUAUCAAAUUGGUGACUUUCCAGCAGAAUGGGAAGCAUGGAUAAGAAAAAAGAGAGAAGAUCCACCUACCAUUGAGGAGAUUCUUAGGAAUGAAAAUUAUAGAGAAGAAAUGAAACAGAAAGUCAAGGAUGUAUCUGAAAAGGAUAAGCUGCUUCAGGCCAAGGAGUAUGAGCAAGGACUUAUUGCUGAACCAAGUCAUACUCAGGUUAAAGGCCACGCAUCUGCCCCUUACUAUGGAAAGAAGGAGCCCUCACAGGACCCCACAAGCACUGCAAAUACCUUCCAGCCAGGUGCCUGGAUGCCACCAGGCAGUGAUAGUAGUCAAAAUAAAUAAGCAAUUUAAUGGACAAGAUACUGUUAAUGGAAAAAUAUUUUAACAGACAACAUAAACAGCUGUUAUAUACAAGAGUGCAAUAAAGUAGUGUUAAAGCAGUUUCAGUUACUUUUGCAGAACUAUUCAAAUGGGCUUAAUCAUGACUAAGUAUUGUUAAGUUGUUCAGGUUUAGUGAAAAACAAGAGUGUGUUACCAAGUUUGGUUUUGACAGUUGCUGUUCAUCAGUUACUCUUGAAUUCAUAGUUAAAAGACUACCUGAGUUUUCUUUAAGUUUAAAUUGUUUUUUCCUUGAAGACUAAUUUAGUUUUAAAACUCUUCUUGAUGCAAGAAUUGUAAUCAGUACACUUACGUUUUCCCAAAGCUGGGCCAAGAUGUCUCUUCAAAAUAAAUCCCUUGGCAGUUCCAGUGUGCUUUCCACUGGCAAGCAGAUGGAAAAGUUGAUUUCAUUAACGGGAAUCACUAUGCCACUACACUGAUUAUGCACUAUACUCAUCAUAGAGAUGUUCUUGUAACUUAAAACAGUCAACAUAUUUGAAUGUUUGAUUUGCAGACAGCAAUUUUCACAGGGUAAAAUCAGUUAAAGUACAUAUAACUGCCAUAAUAGAAGCUAGAAGUGCUUGAUAAAGCUGCUGGAAAAUAACACUAGGUCUGAGACAAGGGACCAUCCUGAAUAUUUAAAAAAACAAAUUAGUUUUUAUUCCUGGUAUAUCUGUGGACUUCCCUAG